UUUGUCUAGAAGUUAAUGAGUACCAGUUUAAGGUUCAGCAUGGGGUUUACCGUCCACUGGAGUUGGCUUGCUACACUUUCAUGUCUCCUCUGCAUGGGAGGGGAAGUGCGCUGUAAUUGCACAGAGACAAAUAUGCAAAUCGAAGGAGGUCAUUACAGAUUGACCAAGCAUCUGAGGGCAGGCAGCAUGUUGGUCUACAACUGUCCCGAGGGUUACUACCCAUACCCGGCUAUGACCCGCCUGUGCCAGCCCAAUGGCAGGUGGAGACCGGCACCCAAAAGGUUUUCACCUCAGAGAUGCAGGCUUGUUGAAUGCCCUGACCCAAGUGUGCUGGAGUACGGCAAUGUCUCCCCUCCUCAGGAGAAGUACUAUGUGGAUAAUGAGACCACGUAUGAGUGCUACUCUGGAUAUACAAUGCGAGGCUCAUCCAGCCGUGUCUGCUUACCAAGUGGAAAGUGGAGCGGUUCCACUCCCAUCUGUAGCCGUGACUCAGGAGAUCAUUGUGCUGAUCCUGGUAUCCCAGCUGGUGCCUCGAGAACGGGAAACAUGUUUGGAAUUGACGACACAGUGAGAUACAGCUGCAAUGGCAACCUCAUUUUGGUGGGGUCGAACGAAAGGGUGUGUCAGGAGAACGGCCAGUGGAGUGGCAAUGAGCCAGCGUGCUACUACAAACACACCUACGACACUUCCUUGGAGGUUUCAGAGGAAUUUGGCAGCGCGAUAAAAAGCAGCCUCACCACUUUAGAGCCAGUUGGUGACAUACAAGAGGGGAGGACAAUCAGGGUCACAAAAAAUGGGACACUUAACAUCUACAUCGCAGUGGAUAUUUCUGAGAGCAUUGACGAGAAACACAUCAAUCACUCAAAGGAUGCAAUCACAACACUUAUCACCAAGAUUUCAAGCUUUAACGUGAAUCCAAACUAUGAAAUCCUCUUUUUUUCCUCUGAGCUGUAUCCAGUUAUCAACAUUAUGGAUUUCUGGGAUAAGCAAGUGGUACUGAAAGAUGUCACGAAUGGAGUGAGAGAUUUUAUAGUAGGCGACAAAAACACAGGAACAAAUCUGAACCUCGUCUUUAAGACCUUCGAAGAGCGCAUGGGUCUUAUAAAAAGACGGGUUGGAGAGGAGGCUUUCAAGGAACACCGUCACGUCAUCAUCGUAUUUACAGACGGCGCUUAUAACAUGGGCGGUUCACCUGCUUACGCUGUGAAAAGAAUAAAGGACAUGGUAUACGACGUCAAUGAUCCAUCAAGAGAGGAAUAUCUUGAUAUUUAUAUAUUUGCCAUCGGAGAAGACAUCUUUGAUGAUGAUCUGAAGCCCCUCACAGCGGGGGAGGAUGGCAAGCACUACUUCAGGAUGAAGGACAUUUCAAAUUUACAAGAGACUUUUGAUGACAUAAUUGAUGAGGAAGAUGUUAAGGGUCUGUGCGGUCUUCACAAGGACUAUGACACGGGUACCAAAGAAAGCAAGAAGAAAAGGUAUCCAUGGGUGGUAUUCAUUAUCGUCCAGAAAGAUGGCGUCUCAAAGAAGUGCCUCGGCUCUCUGGUGAGCCCCGACUUUGUCUUGACUGCCGCUCACUGCUUUCCAUUUGGAACUCUUCCUGAGCACAUCACAGUGGAGAUUGAUGAUGGACAGGGCAGAGUGAAAAAAGUUAAAAUGUUCAAAAUACAUGACCGGUACAAUGUCACCGCUAAAGUUCACGAAAAAGUCAAAGAGUUCUACGACUAUGAUGUUGCCCUCGUUCAACUGGAGAAACCUGUUGAAAUCUCCGCUGCCGCUAGACCUAUUUGCAUACCUUGCACCAAGGAGACCAGUCAGGCUCUAAAACUGGGUGGCGCUUCCACCUGCGAGCAACAAGAGAAGCUUCUGCUAAAGAAUCAUCUCGAAAGCCUCAGUUUCCUGACCAGAACGUCCAACUUCAUAGAUGAAAAAACUGUCCAAGCUAAGCUUGGCGAUAAUAGAGGUGAAUGCAUCAGACACGCACUAGCUGCAGAAGGCGUAGAGACGGAUAACCCAGAGGUCGCUGUGACUGAAAAUUUCCUGUGCACUGGUGGUCGAAAUCCUCAUAGAGAUCAUAUAGCAUGUAAAGGUGACUCUGGAGGUGCUGUGUUCAAGAACUAUGAGCAGCGCACAAUACAGGUCGCGCUGGUCAGCUGGGGAAACAAGGAUCUGUGCAAAUCAGCUUCGGGUCUCGUCGAGUCAGAUGACACCUCCAGAGAUUUCCAUAUUAAUCUUUUCAAAUUCGUCCCUUUCCUCAAAUUGGUCCUUGGAGAUGACAACCAGGAUUACGCACCACUUGAGUUUUUGGAGAGCUAAAUUCAUUUACAUGCUGUACUUUUUUUUUUGCAAUUUCAGGUGUGUGAUUUUUGUAUGCUGUAUGUUGUGUCACGGAAUUCAUCUGAUCACUCAUUAAAGAUACGAUUUGUAACAUUUCCGCAUUAAAAUGUCUAAAGAUGACAAGGCUGUUGUCGUACAAACACUUAUGUUGAGCUGUGUACUUACAUCAUCCUAAGUGUUUCCAAAAAGGCUCAAACCCAGAAAAAUACUAAAUGUAUUGAUUUUGCUGUCUUUUGCACUAACAGAAAAUACAUCAGAGAGUCAGAAGUCUGCCUAUGUUACUAAAGACUGAAGAUUAAAAGUUGUGACCUUU